AUUGCACGGUAUUAUUUUCUUUAAAUACAGAAUGUAAGCUUUGUCACAAAGAAAUCAUACAACUAUUUCAAAAUCGACCAUCAAUAUGAAGUUGUUGGCGAUAAACUUGUUGAUUUUUGCCACAUUCUUAGCUCUUAGUCAAUUAGUGGAAAAGUCAAAUGCUGAACCAUUACCAAGUCCUACGCGUACUCUUCAUAAGUUGUUGAAACAAUGGCAUGAUAAGCACCAUCAUGGGGGUGAUGAUGAUGAUGAAAGUCAUGAAGACAACGACGAUAAUAAAAAACAUGGAAAGCAUCUAAUGCCUUAUUUUCCAAAUAACCAUGAUACAACUCACUCCCAACCACCAACGACAAGUCCCACAGUUGUAUCUCAACCACCACCAACGACUAUUCCUCAUACUCCUGCUGUACCAUCACUUCCUCCUGUUAAUCCACAUCCAACUACUGGUCCAGUAAGCCUUCCAAUGGCUCCACAUUCCAAUCCUGCUGUCCAAACACAACCCCCAGUUGGAACGGGAUCACCAUGGUAUCCUCCUUGUGCUUAUCUCUAUCCAUAUCCUGCACAUCUUUAUCCUACAAACGGUGUUAUGACAGGUGUUGCACAAUCUGUUUCUGACGAAACUGGAAUAUUUGGAAAUGGCAACACUGUGAAAAAAUUAUUUGAUGUUGGCACAACUAUCAAUAUCCCAAUUGAUAUAUUCUAAGAAACAUAGUUAUGUGUCUAUAUAAACAUAUAUAUGAAUUUUGAUAAAUAAAUAGAUUGGAACGGAAAAUUA